UUUGCAAUUUCUGCUGCAAUAAUCUAUGUUCGUUUAUAUUGCAUUUCAGAUAAAAUACGUCAGAAUGCAAAUAUUGUCGGUCUUCCAAAUUUGUCUUGCCGAGUAAGUCAAAGUGGGAAGACUAAAAGAUCUCUUAGCGUACACGCAUUAUUCGGCGGCGGAAAGAAAGAAAACGAAAAGGGCGACGAUGGUUCAAAGGCAGGAAUAUUAGGAAACAUGCAAAAUUUAUACGAGACCGUAAAGAAAGCUCAGAUGGUUGUCCAAGUCGAAGCAGUACGGGUGCAAAAAGAACUUGCUGUAGCUGAAUUUGAGGGUUAUUGCGAAGGUGAGCUUAUAAAGGCAACACUCUCUGGGAAUCAACAACCUGUUCGUAUUGACAUAACCGACGCGGCAAUGGAAUUGGGACCCGAAAAACUCUCGCUUCUUGUGACGGAGGCGUACAGAGAUGCACACCAGAAGAGUGUUCUGGCGAUGAAAGACAGAAUGAGCAAUCUAGCUCAGAGUUUGGGAAUGCCACCGGGUUUAAGCGAGGGACUCAAGUGAUUUGUAAAACGCGCUUUUAUAGGAGAUAUAUUUAUUUUGUGUCUCCAACGCUUUUUCCAACUUUUACUUUUGUACACAAUCUAUUUCUUGCUAGAAGAAUUUUCCUUUUUUUUUUUUUUCCUUUUUUCUGUUUUUAAUUAUUUACUCCCUCUGUUCGACAAUAUCCGUCACUUUUAAGAUUCUUUUUUGGUUCCAUAUUA